AAAGAAUCAACCCUUUGUCUUUAAUAUACAUCACUUGCCCUUGCAUCAUUUUGCCCUUCUCAUCUUCAUUGAUUGCAGAAAAUGGCAGUAAACGGCAACAACACCUUCCUUGACCACACCUCCGCCAUGGAGGUCCUCAAGGAGUAUGAGCGUCGCGAUGGCCUCGACAUCCGUGACCUCAUGGACUCCAAGCUUCAGGGCGGCCUUACCUACAAUGAUUUCCUGCUCCUUCCGGGUUACAUUGGCUUCCCUGCCUCGGCCGUCACCCUCGAUUCGCCCAUCACCAAGCGUAUCACCCUCAAGACCCCCUUGGUCUCCUCUCCCAUGGAUACCGUCACCGAGCACGAGAUGGCCAUCCACAUGGCUCUCCAGGGCGGUGUCGGUGUCAUCCACCACAACUGCUCCCCCGACGAGCAGGCCGACAUGGUCCGCAAGGUCAAGCGCUACGAGAACGGCUUCAUUCUCGACCCCGUCGUCAUCACCCGCGACACCACUAUCGGCGAGGCCAAGGCCUUGAAGGAGAAGUGGGGUUUCGGUGGUUUCCCGGUCACUGAAUCUGGCCAUCUAGGCUCCAAGCUCGUUGGCAUCGUCACCAACCGCGACAUUCAGUUCGAGACUGAUCUUGACAAGCCCGUUUCGGAAGUCAUGGUUACGGACCUGAUCACCGCUACCGCUGGUGUCAAUCUUCUCGAAGCCAACAAGAUCCUUGCCGAGUCCAAGAAGGGCAAGCUUCCCAUUAUUGACAAGGAGGGCAAUCUUGUCUCUAUGAUCUCCCGCUCCGAUCUUACCAAGAACCUUCACUUCCCCCUUGCCUCCAAGACCAAGGACUCCAAGCAGCUCAUCUGCGCCGCUGCUAUUGGUACCCGUCCCGAGGACAAGGACCGUCUUGCCAAGCUUGUCGACGCUGGCCUCGACAUUGUCAUCCUUGACAGUUCUCAGGGUAACUCCAUGUACCAAAUUGAGAUGAUCAAGUGGAUCAAGAAGGAGUUCCCCGAUCUCGAUGUCAUCGGCGGUAACGUUGUUACCCGCGAGCAGGCUGCUGCUUUGAUCGCUGCUGGUGUCGACGGUCUGCGUAUCGGUAUGGGCAGUGGCUCCGCCUGCAUUACCCAGGAGGUCAUGGCUGUUGGCCGUCCUCAGGCUACUGCUGUCUACAACGUAUCCUCUUUCGCUGCUCGCUUCGGCGUUCCCUGCAUUGCCGAUGGUGGUAUCCAGAACGUUGGCCACAUCGUCAAGGGUCUCGCUCUCGGUGCCUCCACCGUCAUGAUGGGUGGUCUCCUUGCCGGUACCACCGAAUCUCCCGGUACUUCCUUCGUCUCCCGUGAGGGUAAGCUUGUCAAGGCUUACCGUGGCAUGGGUUCCAUCGACGCCAUGCAGGACAAGAAGGCCGGCGGUGGUGGCAAGGACGCGCAGAAGAGCAACGCUGGUACCGCUCGUUACUUCUCUGAGGGUGACAGCAUCCUCGUUGCCCAGGGUGUCUCUGGCGCUGUCGCUCACAGAGGAUCUAUCAACAAGUUCGUCCCCUAUCUUGCUGCUGGGUUGAAACACUCUCUGCAGGAUUGCGGCAUGACCAGCCUCCAGGAGCUCCACGAGUGUGUCGAGAACGGCACUGUUCGUUUCGAGAUCCGCACUGCUAGCGCCCAGCUGGAAGGCGGCGUUAACAUGGAGUCUUAUGAGAAGAAGCUUUACGCUUAAACGCUUCAGCUUUCUAUCCUGAAUGGUCAGUGGAUUUGGAUGAUUGGGUUUCAAAAAGGGUUAUGCGGGUUGCAAUGGAGUUCGGUGGCGAUAUCAUGGGAUUGUUGAAAUGGGAACUAUUUGAGGGAUCACACGGAAUCAAGAUGUUGUGCGAUAUAGAACGCAGAUAGAUUCAGCCUGUAAAAGAGAAGGCUUGAGCACGUCGAUAGGCGACGUUGCCUGGAAUUUAAAAGGGAACUUGUUCUUGAUGGAUCACACC